GACAUCGUAAAAAUAAAAUGACUGUGCAUACACCAUUCGUAACGCAUAACCCUUAGGUGACUUGAUUGAUGGGCGGUGCUCUUGAAAGAUCGGACGUAAAAAGCCGUGAGAAAUCUUUGUAUUCCUUUACUUUGUUUGCAUUGUAUUCGCCUCUCACGGUCUCUCUUUUACUUUUUUUCUUUUCCUUUCCAAUUAAAGGAUCCACGUUGCACCAACAAUCAAUAUUCCGUUCCUUAAAUUCUAGUACUUAAUUCGAUUGAGGUCGUACACGAUUAUUCCUUGCGUACCUAUUAAUCAAUCAAACACCCCCCCGUUUCCAUAUUUGAAUCACCAUCGAGUACCUCGAGUUUAUUAGCAGGAAACGGAAUAAUGAAGAUCUUCACACAUACCGUUGCCUUUCUCUUGGCGACUACUGGGGUUGGCGCAAUGAAGGACUUCAAAGCAGUCGAGUUCGAGAAGAACGAUUGUACUGGAUGGAUCAAGCAUUCGAGCAUGGGUCUUAAACCGCAAUAUUGGCAGAUCAAGAUGGACAAUGACACCAAGAGCGUCUACACCGAAACCACAAACGAUGGCAUCUAUCGAUGGUAUGCCUUCUCGGGCACGACUGAGAUGGGCUGCGACGGAAGGGUGUUAGGCCGUCUCUACAGAGGAUGCGCCAGCCUUGCCAAGUAUAACGAGACGAUCAAGUGCAUUCGAUGGUGUAGCCUGUGGUCGCACAAUGAUCACUCAUGCAAGGCCAUCGGUCAAGAUUAGCCUAUGCGGCUUCGUAGACAAAAGACUACGGUCAGGGGAUGGCAACAUCCACACUUUAACAGAACUAGAGGUCGAGACGACCACUUAUGAUACCCCGUCAUUUGAUAGAUACCAAUACAGCAUCGCGAUUUUUUUUCUUUCGGUUAAGGAAAGCACCACGUGAAGUAUCUUUCAAUUUUCAA